AUGUGUACAAUAUCUAUUCCAGCAGUUGGUACACCUAUACCCCAUCAUCACACAGCAUCUAUAUUGACACAGAGUAGCACAGAACUCUUGAUGAAAUAUAUGCCAGCACCAGUGUGUCGCUGUUCAAAGCCUGAAAAGAGCAAAGAAUCGUCAAAGAAUCAAACCACAUCAAGCACCUGCAGUAACAGCAAGGAACAGUCAACAGCAAUGCCAUAUAUCGAGAAAACAAUGCCAAACAAACGGACGUUAGAUAUUGCUGCUCAAUCACAAAUAAACAUGACACCCUAUUCCUCUCCUUCAGUAUCACCCAAGCCUAUCUACACGCAUAAAUUACCAGACAACUUUUUCACAUCAAACUCACCGCCUGCACCCAUCUCACCUAUUUCCAUUUUUGCCUCUAAAACCAAUUCGCCUGUAUCUUCACCCAAUCUUCAUCCAGCGUCUCUAAGGAACAGUUUAAUAGACUCUCUAGAUAGCUUAACCAUUACCCCUAUCAACGAAACUUGUCCAUCGUCAACAACUGCAGCUACCCCACACAGCGUCAACUGCUCAUCACCAUUAUCAAAUGACAAUAACGCUACUCAAACUGAAAAGCCAUACCAUCGCAGUACAUCAAGGAAACGUCUCUCUUUAGACGACUUUUGCAUCAAACAAACAGUCGGCACAGGUUCAUCCGCCCGUGUUCAUCUCGCUAAAAGCAAAAUCAACGGGAAAUACUAUGCAGUGAAAGCAAUUAAUAAGAAGGAUCUUGUCUCGAGAAGACAAGUUGAACACGUACAAAACGAAAGAGAAAUUUUAGGAUCCGUCUCUCAUCCAUUUUUGGUAAGACUUUGGGGAACCUUCCAAACCGAGAGUCAUGUAUUCUUUGUGAUGGAUUAUGUUCCUGGUGGUGAAGUCUUUCGGAAACUCCGUAAGAAGAAGAAAUUUACAGAAGAUGAGGCAAAGUUUUACGCUGCUGAAGUUACUCUUGCCAUCGAAUAUUUGCAUAGUUUAGACAUUGCUUACAGAGAUUUGAAACCUGAAAAUAUACUUAUCGAUGCUCGUGGCCAUGUCAAGAUUACUGAUUUCGGUUUUGCAAAGAGAGUAACUGAUUUAACAUGGACUGUAUGUGGUACACCUGAUUAUUUAGCGCCGGAAAUUAUCCGUUCACAAGGCUAUACUAAGGCAGUAGAUUGGUGGAGCCUUGGUAUUCUGAUCUAUGAAAUGCUUACAGGACAUCCACCAUUUACAGCAAAAAAUCCUGUAGAUCAAUAUCAGAAAAUUUUGCUUGGCGAAAUAAGUUGGCCAGAGAAUAUCCUUAUUAGUGAUGAAGCCAAGGACCUAAUACAAAAUCUGUUACGCGUAAAGGCUACUGACCGGAUUGGUAACCUGAAAAAUGGCAGCCAAGAUAUAAAGAAUCACCCUUGGUUUAAAUGUUACGAUUUCGCAGACGUCUUAGCACGCAAAAUUACUCCACCGCAUAUCCCUGAUAUCAAGUACGAUGGUGAUACCCAUUGCUUCGACUAUUAUGAAGAACUUCAAUUACCUUACCAUAUGAUGACAACGACAGAACCCUAUUGUACGCAUUUUGCCAAUUUUUAG